AUGCACGACGGGAGAUGGGAGAAUGAGUUGCAGGGACAGUGUUCUCUUUAAUCCGCGACCUCGUUUGAGGUCAAAGAAGAAAGCAGGCAACGGGAGUAGACACAUGAAAGCUCAUACACGGGGAUACUAGACUUGAGUGACAAAGUCUUUAUUCUCAACCUAUGGCAGCUGGAUUCCACGUCUCUCUUGAGGGUUGGGAGCACCUGCCGAACCUUGUUUCGAAUUUGUUCCUGCAACUCACUCUGGACAAGACACUUACAGACGUCAUUUGGAGUCCCGUUUGUCACCGCCAACUGCUCCAUCACAGCCAAACUGCACUGUAACCGGCCACUCCAGGAGAAGCUGUUUGCAGACAUUCCGUUCCCAUCACACAAGCACUGGACCCAGUGGCUGGUUCUGGAGGAAAUGUUUCAUCUGCCCUCAACGAGACUGCCCUGCUCUGACAUAGAGAGCUUAUUGGGAAUUGAGAAGAAUGUGUUGGAAGGUCAUAUCCAAGACAAAGAUGAUGAUGAGGGAAACAUGCUGAAGUUUGAAUGGCUCUUGAGCAGUAGUGGAAAAAUACUUCAUACCACUGCUCUUGAGCAUUGCGGAAGCAUUGCCAACGUUUUCCAGCAUGUACUCAACCAACUACAGAACUAUGACCACCGUGAGCUGGAGACCAUGUUCAGUCAUUACACCCAGUGUCGAUUCCAGUGGCUCUUUACCUCAUGGCAACAGCCGCUGUCCUUCGACAGGCAGCUCAGCCUACAGUGGCGGAAGCAAAGCAAGAGGAAGGUGGCAUCCUGGGGAGGCACGCUGUGUGACGUCCACUACCUGGCCUCGCUCUAACACAUCACCACCAACUACUGGAGUGGGAAACUGGCCCGGGGCGACGGCACUGUCGGAAUUCAGACGGUGGAGAACUAUUUCUCCAUGUGCAAUCCACUGGUGGCCUUAAUUGUGUACGAGGACACCCUGGAGGGCGUGUACCUGCUGCUGAGGGAGAUGCAGGAGACCCUGGUGGAGCACAAGAGGUUAUGGCAGGUGGCCAAGGUCCAGAUGGCCCAAGUGUGCACCCUAAAGAGACUGCCAUCAACUGGAAAAGAAAUCGACAGACUGCCCUACUACAAGCAGUACAUAGUGUCAGGGCACGUGCAGGUGUACCGAGGGCACGUGCAGAGCUUCCUCCAAAGGAAGAGGCUGGUCCAUCACUGGAUAUUCCUGGAGCAGAACUCCUAGGUUCACCGGGUGCUGCCUGACAACCUCUACCCUCUGCUGGAGUUUGACACCAGGAUCUCCCAAGGAUUCGUCCUGUCCUCACUGGCUGUGAAACAGUAG